AUGGUUCAUUCAAUUACAACAAUGGAAGAGCUUGAAGCUGAAUUUGAAAAAGGAAAAAAUAAAGGCAAAUUAAUCGUCUUGGAUUUUUUUGCAACAUGGUGUGGACCAUGUUUACGUGUAGCACCAAAAAUCGAUGAUUGGAGCUCAGGUGAAUUUAAAGACACUGUAGUUUUCCUUAAAUGUGAUGUUGAUCAAGGUGAAGCUGUUUCACAAGAAUUUAAUGUAGAAGCAAUGCCAACAUUCGUUUUCUUCAAAGAUGGAAAAGAAAUUCAUAGAGUUGUUGGUGCCAAUGUUGAUCAAUUGAAAGCCGAUAUUGAAAGUCAUCGCAAAUAA